AUGCUCGGCCCAAAAAGCCCGUCGACAUUCGAAAAUAUAAAUAAUUUGGCAAUAGUGCUCGGCCCAGAAAACCCGUCGACAUUCGAAAAUAUAAACAACCUGGUAUUGGGGAAAUACGGGGAGGCAAAGGAAAUGCAUCGAAAAAAAUUAAAGCUUUGCAAAAAGGUGCUGGGCCCAAAAAACCCGUCGACAUUUAGCAGCAUGAAUAACCUAGCACUCGUGUUUCAAAACCAGGGGAAGUACGGGGAGGCAGAGAAGAUGCAUCGAAAAGAAUUGGAGCUUUGCAAAAAGGUGCCGGGCCCAGAAACCCCGGAUAUACUCUCCAGCAUGGACAGCCCGGCAGUUAUCCCUGCUAAGCAGAGGACGAUGAGGCAGAGCAGUUGUUUGGGACAACUCUGGAGCUUAGGAAAAAGGUGUUGGGCUUAG